AUUCAGCUUACCAACAUGAAGACUGUUGCGGUAUUGUUGCUGAUCGCCGCUACGGGAUCUGCUAUCGAGUGGGCCGAUCUUCGUGUGACAUGGAGCCUCUCGGGGGAGGACCCUUCGCACGCAAAGAGCUUCUUCCAGAUGCCUCGUACAAAAUCUGAUGCUAUUAACGAGAGUUGGGUCGAAGUAACAGGUCUGACUUCCUUGAAUUUGACUGUGUAUUGCUUCGAAGAAGGCGACGGUCGCGUAUGUCUUGAAUACGAUUCUUACGGGAACAUUGCUGCUAUACAGGGUGCCGUGCUCUGCAGCGACGUUGAAAAUAUUCAAAGUACUUACAACAUGUCGAGUUUAAACCAGUAUCAGAUCAAAACGAUAUUUGACGAAGAAUAUUGGACCAGUACAAUUUAUUUCGUAUCCCCUGAGACUAUCGCAGCUGGUGGUCGCAGCGAAAUGAACGGUCUUACCGGGACUGAAGGAAUCUGGAUCGGGACAACCGAUGGAUUUAUAGAAAUUCCCAGAAAUGUAUCGGAAUGGGAUUCUGCAUGGACGAAAGAAGCCUGUCUUUCUGAGAUGGGUACUCACUAUUACUACGGUAUGAACAGAUCCAUGGAAUGUACGGACUUCCAGCCUUGGUUUUUAAUGGAACAAGGUGGCGAGUUGAGCGGUUUUGGAUUACAGGGAUUCGGUGAAACGACUUACAAGAGUCGAGAAUGGUACGAAUAUUUUGCAGCGCGUUUCAUCAGAGACACAAUACCGACAACUCCCCAGUGCGUCAUCGAUUGGUCUACCGAUUACGGUUGCAUCUGCAUGCAUGUAUUCUUGACUUCAGAGCCAUGGACAUACGUUUGCUAAAGGCAACGGUGAACGACGUGCGGUGAUUCUCCCUGAAUAAAAUACCUCAAGUUUUAUGGAAUGAGA